AUGGAUCCUGAAUAUUGGGUAGGAGAGAACGAUGUCAGAAAAUCCAUUAGAUAUUCUUAUGUAGAAAGGCCGAAUAGUCAGAUUGGUAACGGAGCCAGUGUAGGUGUGCUAGAUGACAGAUGGAGUUUGGAUGAUACUGAUCCUCUGGGAUUGAAAAAAAUUCACAAAGAUACAUCGUACAAUGAUUUAUUGGCGGGCGCUGAACGUUUAAGAUAUACAUUGGAUCAGAAAUCUGAAGCACUUCGAAAUUUAGUACAAGAUAAUUUUGAUCGAUUUGUUAGUGCAAAAAAUACGAUUGACACUGUAUAUGGUGAAAUGAAAACACAGAGCUUGAAUGUUGAUAAUGAUUAUGGAGUAAGAGGAUUAGAUAAUGCGCUCUUUGAGGCGAUAAACAGAGCUGAACAAGUCUUUGGACCGGUUUUGAUUAAUAGAAAUAAAGCAGAAAAAAUACGCAGCACAUUAAGCGUUUUGGAAAAGUACAAAUUUUUUUUUAAUUUACCUAGUAGCCUUAUGGAAUCCAUUAAACAGCAAAAUUAUGAUGUAAUAAUCAGAGAUUAUAAAAAGGGGAAAGUGGUUCUCGAAUCGACAAUGUCAUCGGAUACGUCGGAAAACAAUGGAUCGAGUAAUCCUUCAACAGAAAGAGAGGUCGAUGAUACUGCACUUUCAGCGCAAUAUCGGAAGGUUUUUGAUAAAGUUUGGGCUGAGAUCGAGAAAAUAAUGGAAGAGAUGAGAGAACAGCUCUUCAAACAAUUGACAGAACCAUGGAGGUCUAUGGAGGAACAAGAGAGAACUAUUAAUGUACUUCUUGAGCUUGAUACGCUUGAAGAUCCAAUAUGGCAUUAUCUUGAUAGUCAAUACAAAUUCAUAAUCGAUCUUUUAAAAGAAUCAUACCAAGAGCAACUAAAUAAGAUUCAAGCAUUGAAAAAAUCUCUACCGGUUUCUUCCGGCGAUACCAAAGAACUUGCGUUACGUCUUAAAAAUGCAAUAAGGGCUAUCAAUAUAAGAGAUUAUGAUUCCUUGAUAGCUGGUAAGGAUAUGGAUGUACAAAUAUGGAAAGCUACUUUAGAUGUUGUAAAAUCAUUAUCGGAUUUACUUUUGAGAUGUUUACCCGAUUUUUGGAAAUUAAGUAAAUCUUUCAUGGAAGGAAAAUUUCAAAAGAGUCCGGCAAUUCUUAGCGCCAACAGACGUAGACGCCAAGCCAUGGACCUUAGAAAAGUAGAACAAUGUCAAAAUAUGGCCAAAGGUGUAAUUGAUCUUUACGCAUCAUUGUUAUCAGAGUUCUUUUCCCUUCCACCAUUAUCUGCCAGUCAAGAUAGUGCACAUCAAACCUCGUCGUUCAUUCCGUUACAAUCUGAUUCCGUUACCACCUGCUAUUUUCUUACAAAGAUCCUUAAUGGAAUGAGCGAAUGUGUAAAUGAUAUUAAUUCGAUUAAUAUGGCAUCGGAUGUUUCUUAUGCAUUGCAAAGAUUAAUGGAACAAACUAGAUGGAAAUUUGUAGAAAUAAUAUGUGAGGCAUGGAACUCUGAUGCUAAGAUAUUUUACUUACUAGAGGAUUGGUCUCUUGAUCAGGAUAAUCGUGAGAUUACCAACUUUUUGAGAAAUUUUCAUAUAUUCCACAAGUAUAAUUCCCGUAGCGCAUACAAAAUUGCAAGCUUGGGUUACGUUUCGGACGAUGAUGAUAACAAAUCAUCUAGGAUUUCUGAUGCAUAUUUACAAAAAAUUAAAGGAGCAUUUCUUGACUCUCUGUAUGCUUAUUUAGAUGGAUUAGUACAUUUGGUGUUUUCAGAGUAUACGCCACUUGAAUCAUGCGAUAAAGAACCUACCGAAAUUAUUCAAAAAUUUAAGAUUGACCCGAAACAAAUAGAUUCAAGGAUUUUACUUACUAUUAGUAAUCUCGUAAAUCUAAAACAGCUUAUGAUACCCAGAAUUGUAUCUCAAUUUGAGACAGCAUAUCAAUGUAGUCUUGCUGAUGAUACUCAUACACUUAAUGAUGUUAUAAAUCAGCUGGAUGGAAUAUUGUUUGAGGAUUACAUGAAACGAAGAACUCAGAACAUCCGAGAUAUUGUUGUUAAGGGUAUAUUAUCAGGGGACGUGGAUUGGUAUAAUAUAUCGAAACCUACAGAGGUACAUUCCUUUGUGUACGAGGCUCUAUUGUCACUUGUCAUAGUUCAUGCACAAGUCAACGAUAUUGCCAAGCACCUCGUUAAUCGUACAUUAACAGCGUUGUUAGAAAAUAUGGCACGAGAUUGUCUUGAAGCUUUUCAAAAAGUAGAGAAAUUUGGUAUGGGUGGUAUGCUUCAGGCUACCCUCGAAAUUGAGUUCAUGCACCAAACACUUUCUCAAUAUGUAAGUAAGGAAGCUCAAGAAACGUUACAACUUAUUUAUACCACUAUUGAACAAUUAUACGAUACUACACAAGCAACUGGCAAUUUGGAUUCAGAAUUAAGUAGUGUAAAACAAUUAUUAGUUGAGAGUCGUAAAAACACUAGCCUACAAUUUUUAUGUUUUAAAAAACUAAAAUAA